AUGAGCUCCAAAGGUGAACAGGUCAUGCGAGACCUCAUCGCGGAGCUGGAGGCGAUGCACUCGCACUACACGGUGCAGCGCUUCAUCAGCAGUGGCAGCUACGGCGCGGUGUGCGCCGGCGUCGAUGAGAACGACUGCCCGGUGGCGAUCAAGCGUGUGUUCAGCACCGUCUCCGACGGCCACACCGUGAACAUCCUCUCUGACCCGUUUCUGUGCAAGCGCGUGCUGCGGGAGAUCAUGCUGCUGAACCACUUCCACCACCCGAACAUCCUCGGGCUGAAGAACAUGUUCGUGCACCUGCAGCCGCCGAGCAUGCACAAGCUGUACCUCGUGACGGACCUGAUGCGCACCGACCUCGCGCAGGUGAUACACGACCAGCGCAUUCAGGUCUCGCCGCAGCACAUCCAGUUCUUCAUGUACCACAUCCUGCUCGGCCUGCACGUGCUGCAUGAGGCGGGCGUCGUGCACCGCGACCUCCACCCCGGCAACGUGCUCGUCGCGGAGAACAACGACAUCGCGAUCUGCGACUUCAACCUCGCCCGCGAGGACACACAGGACCAGAACAAGACGCACUACGUCACGCACCGCUGGUACCGCGCGCCGGAGCUCGUGAUGCAGUUCAAGGGCUUCACGAAGCUCGUCGACAUCUGGUCGGCCGGCUGCGUGAUGGGCGAACUCUUCAACCGCAAGGCGCUCUUCCGCGGCUCCACGUUCUACAACCAGCUCGACAAGAUCGUCGAGGUCGUCGGCACGCCGAGCGAGGAGGACGUCAUGAUGUUCUCCUCCGCGCAGGCGCGCGACUACCUGCAUACCUCGCUGUCACACUGCAGGAAGCAACCGUGGCGCCACGUCGUGCCGACCGCUGACGACGAGGCGCUCGACCUGAUAGGGCGCAUGCUCGAGUUCAACCCCGCUAGGCGCAUCACCGCGGAGCACGCGCUGCAGCACCCGUACUUCGCGUCGCUCUACGACCCGCUCGACCUCUCCGAGGCGCGCAGCGAGCCGUUCCACUUCCGUGACGUGAACGACAUACCGACGAUGCACGAAAUGUUCCUACAUGAGGUGCGCCGCCUCAACGCGCUCAAGGAGAAGCGGGAACCGAUCGCGCAGCAGCGGGCAGCAGCCGUCGCGAGCGCAGAGAACGUCCUUGGUGCCGACCACCAGCUGCGCACGCACAGUCUCAUGGAGGUGGCGGAGAUGGUGCACAGUCAUCACGAGUAG